AUGCACUAUUUAACAAACGUGAUCAAAGAAACGCUCCGUGUAUAUAAUUCUUCAAUUCGAGUUGGUCGAGUGACAACAAAGGACUGUAGGAUAGGAAAAUAUUUCAUUCCGAAAAAUCAGAUGAUAAAGACAGUGUUAAAUUUAUUUCAUAUGGAUGAAGAAUUGUUUCCUCAACCAAACGAGUUUAGACCGGAAAGAUUCGACGAGAAAGAAAAAGUCAACAAACCAGGUUCUUGGCUAGCGUUUGGAUAUGGACCUUACAGCUGUAUCGGAAAAAAGUUUGCCAUGAAUGAAACGAUGACUUGUGUAGCAAGACUGCUGAUGAAUUUUAAGUUUACGGUAGACGAAGAUAAACGGUGUUUUAUACGACAAAUACAAGUUACUGUGACUGCCACACCACCAGUAACAAUACGAAUUCAUAAGUUACCUCGUAACAUCGUUUCAAUAUUUUACUGCGCAUUUUUAGCACUCGUCUGA